GGGAGGGAGCGAGCGAAGCAGCAUCGCGUGUCCGAGACUUUGUGUUUCUCUCCUAAUAUCGCACAUAUCAAUAAUUCAGCGUGCGAGCGGACGGACCCCCGCGCUAUGCAUUCAGCCGCGUUUCGGCUUCACAAGGGCCGCGUUCCGCGCUGCACGGGUUAUUCCAUUAGUGAGUCAGACGCGCAAAAACUGGGAAUGAGAGACUUUAGGAACCUCUCCAAAUUUUUUUAAAAAAUAAACGAGGAAACGUCAGGAAAGAAACGCUCCGCGUCUCCGCAUAACACUGGAAAGAUACUUACGGAGAAUUCUGUUUUGGAAAAGAGAAUUGAAAGUGAUUUCGAAGAAACUGGAAUUGUGUGUUAACGAUAAGGAGUGGCCAAUCUCCCAUCUUUAUUGAAACAACAAAUAAAGAAAUCUGUAUGUAUUUGCUCAGGAUGCUGCAUUCAGGUGCAACUACAUUUCCAGUUAUGUUUGCCUUGCUUGUAAGUGCGCUGUGGCUGGCAGGACUCGCCGGUGCUCAGAAUGAGACGGAGCCCAUUGUGCUGGAGGGGAAAUGCCUGGUCGUUUGCGACUCCAACCCAACUUCGGACCCGACGGGAACGGCGCUCGGGAUAUCGGUGCGAUCUGGUAACGCCAAAGUGGCUUUUUCCGCCGUAAGAAGCACAAACCACGAGCCGUCGGAGAUGAGCAAUCGGACGAUGGUCAUCUACUUUGAUCAGGUGCUAGUGAACGUGGGGAAAAAUUUCGACACAGAGAGAAGUAAUUUCAUUGCUCCCCGCAAAGGGAUUUACAGUUUCAAUUUCCACGUAGUGAAAGUGUACAAUCGUCAAACGAUCCAGGUGAGCCUCAUGCACAACGGCUGGCCGGUGAUCUCCGCCUUCGCCGGGGACCAGGACGUGACCCGAGAGGCGGCCAGCAACGGUGUCCUGAUCGCCAUGGAGAAGGGCGACCGAGCAUACCUCAAGCUGGAGCGGGGAAACCUCAUGGGGGGCUGGAAGUACUCCACGUUUUCGGGGUUCCUGGUCUUUCCCAUGUAGAGGACGAUAAUGGACUGAAGAACCUGGGGGACUGUGGAGGGAGGAGAGGGAGAGGGAGGGAGGAGAGAAGAGGAGAGAAACAGAAAAUGGGGGAUGAGAGCAGUUUGCAGACACAUUCACUCACCCCGCUGCCUGACUACAGCUCCAGACAGCCAAAACUUUUUGUACCUUUAAAGCAUUAGAUUGAAAAGGGUAAAUAAACAAAAAAGGCCAGCCCCCCCCCCCCCCCACCCCCCAUUUCCCUGCACUUGCAUCCGCACAUCUGCUUCCAGGAAUGUAUCCCUGCUCUUAUCCGCAGCGUCAAACCCUCGCAGCUGACAUGAUCCUGUGCUGCAGGUCGCUCACUCAUCCUGACACGCUGGCAUUUCCGCGUCCAAUCCCGCAGCCUCUGCAUCGACAUGCGCUUCUGACCAGUCAUUCUCAGAAUCGUUUCGCUUCACCUCUAAAUGUUACCCAAAAGCAGCCCCCGCAUCCCUCCCCGCCUCCCUGUCUGAGAUCACACCCACUGGCCCGGCGGUCCGCCGUACUUUCCGUGAUGAUCCCGCCUCGUCGCGUGCGGAAGCGGCUGAAAUGAGGGACUCUCGCUCUACGCAGGAUAUGUAUCAUCCUGAUGUUUCUAUAUGAUAUCCUAUAUGACUAAGCAGACAUGGUUGAAUAUCUGUAUUUCAGUAUUUCAAUGUUAAUACGUAGUGAUUGUGUGUGGACUAUGAGGCUGCCAUUACCUACUGAUGCUUCUUCUUUUUGUUUUGGUCAAAUGUGGCUCAACUAAAAACAAUGCGAGAAAAGCUAUAAAACUAUAAAUUUUAUUAUUAACUGUAAGAUAUAUGUGAAUAUUUAGAAGAACGAAAUCCCAUUUAUUUACGACCUCUUUCAUUUAUUUUGCUUUUUUAAAAUUUGCUUUAAUUCAAUAAAACUGAAAUAGUACUUUUAGUUUUCAGAACUAGA